AUGAAGAUGCAUGCCCUCUGUCUUCUCACCCUCGGCCUCCUCGGCACCAGCCAUGCCACCUCCACCCACCACGAAGACUACACCAACCUCACGGUAGCGGUAGUCCGCGCUCCACCAGCCAACUGGCCCCUCCCAGUGAUGAACAAGAACUGGACGGACGUCCCCUUCGACCUGAACGCCACCGUCGCCAAAGCAGUCGACUACAUCGCCGAGGCCGCCUCCAACGGCGCCAACCUGAUCGUGUUUCCCGAACUCUGGUUCCCAGGAUACCCCAAAGGCCUAGCCAGCAACACCAGCAUAACCCCCGCCCAACUCACCUCCUACCUAACCAACUCCCUGACCAUCCCCAGCCCGCAAUGGACGCGCCUCCUCACCGCCGCCCAGACCCACGGCAUCUACAUCGUCCCCGCCUUCUCGCACCGCGUCGACAACCACAUCUUCAUGGCUCAGGCCCUGAUCUCCCCGGCCGGGGAGACGCUGCUGCUGCGGCAUAAACUCCGCCCCUCCGGCGGUGAGCGCACCAUCUGGUCGGACGGGACCUUGGAUGGGUUGCAGGUGAUCGCAACGCCGUACGGUCGCUGGGGGCUGCUCGAGUGCUGGGAGCACUUUCACCCCGCGAUGACGUUUAACGUCCAGGCGCAGCGGGAGACGUUGCAUAUUGCUUCUUGGCCUUACAUACCCGACGAAAACACCCCGGGAGCAGAGUACUGGGAGUCGAACGAGAUCAACGUGGCCGCGGCGCGGACGUACGCGGUCAACGCCGGGGCGCCGCUGGCGAUGGCGGCGGUGGGGAAUGUCCGGCUGUUGAGCGCCGAGGGGUUGGAUGAGGUGGUUGUCGGGGCUGGGGUGUCGUUUGACGAGGUGCCGGUGGUGUAUGCUUCGUUCAACACGACGGGGCUGGCGGGGACGCUGCCGUACGAUACUGACGGGGAGCAGUCGUGGGGGACGUUGGGGCAGAUCGUGCGGGGCUUUCCGGGGUAUAUCCCUAAGGUAUGCUCUAUGGAUCGCGGAAAUCCCGGAUGUAGACCCCGCAAUCCCUCGAUUUGA